GCGGCCGCGCUUUUACCGGAGGAUGGAGCCCAGGGGCUCUGCGGGGCGGCACCGAGCUCUGAGGCGGCAUCCCGGGGUGCGGGAUGAGGGGCGAGCUCUCGGAGGUGGUUUUGUAGCGAGGCUCUCGGUGUUCCCGUGCCGUGCCCGGAGCGUGUGCCGGGGCUGGGGUUACUUGGACGGGCUGGAUCGCCGUGUCAGCUUUAGGUGAGGAUUCAGAAUGGGAGACAAGCCUCUCUGGGAGCAGAUUGGGUCCAGCUUCGUACAACAUUACUACCAACUUUUUGAUGCAGACAGGACUCAGUUAGGAGCAAUAUAUAUUGAUGCAUCAUGCCUUACAUGGGAAGGACAGCAGUUCCAGGGCAAAGCAGCUAUUGUUGAAAAACUCUCUAGCCUCCCUUUCCAAAAAAUACAACACAGCAUCACAGCACAAGACCACCAACCUACACCUGACAGCUGUAUACUCAGUAUGGUAGUGGGACAGCUUAAGGCUGAUGAAGACCCCAUCAUGGGAUUCCACCAGAUAUUUCUAUUAAAGAACAUCAAUGAUGCCUGGGUUUGCACCAAUGACAUGUUCAGGCUAGCAUUGCACAACUUUGGCUGAGCUGGCAACCCCGAGGCACCCGUGCUUUUUUUUUUUUUUUUUCCCCUCCUCUCCUCUUACUGUUAUUCUUCACACUCACGGAACAUUCCAAAUAUCAUACACAAACCUGCAGCACUGCAGAGCGUGAGCAAGCAAGACCUGUGCCCUGCCCUUCUGCUGAGUUUACAUUGUCACUAGAUGAAUUUCUUGUGCAUGAUGUUUGGAAGUUAGACUUAGCUGCAUUUGACAAGAGAAAUUUGUGUUGUACCAGCAUGCCUCGGAAAGAAGUUAUAAUGUUAAAGAUUGAUAUGUACUGACAGGAUGCUCUAUAACCCAAAGAAAGGAAAGAACAGCAGCCUGUACAGCCCAGAUAUUGAUUUGUUCAGAUGUCUCAAUGCUACAUUACACAAUAAAACUGAGAUUUUCUUAACAGUU